AUGCAGCUCUUCUCAACCAUUACCGCCGCCAUCGUCGCCAUUGCUGCUAUGGUUCUCGUAAUUGCAGAGCAGGAGGUUCAUAUUAAACUACGCGUGUCCCAUGACAAGCUCUACGUGACACCCAAUGGCCAUCGAUGCGCUUAUAACAACUGCGUGGAUCCGACCGUGUACCCAUGUGCCGAUAAGGGUGUCUGCAUGCGUCAGAACUAUACGUACGGUGUCUGUAGUAACAAGCCAGAGGAUUUGAAAGUCAAGCAGAAUUACGACGACCCCAAACUCAAGUGCCCAUUUCCAAACCCGUACAGCCACAAGUCGGAACGUUAA